AAAACCCGUGCGUAACGACGAAGUAGGCGCACGGAGCACGCAGAGCGCGCGUCCCUCCCUCCAGCUGUCGGACUGCCUGUGCCACUGACGACAGCAGUCACACAGCACGCUGUGUGAGGCUGUACGAGCACCGCAUCAAGGAGCGACAACUGCGUGUCUGCGCGGUGCGUGGGAGCUUCGUUCCUUCUUUCUUCUCUCCGCCGGACGCGUUCGGACGCACACGGAGUCCCGCUGCCGAGGGAGGAUUGCUGCCCGCGCGCUUUGCCGCGUUCAACUUCAGCUGUCAUCCUCUCAGUUCGGACGAACCGGUUGGAAAUCUGCAAGAAAACGUCUGGUUAAAGCUCGUUAUCUCUUUUUCUUUUCUUUCUUUCGUUUUUCCUUGACUGUGGGAGCCGCGCGAUGGACUUGAGACCGCGCGCCUCGGUCUGAGUGUCGGUGUCUGGGAGUUGCCGUCGGGGAGCAAUGCGAAAGGAUGCUCGGCAGCAGUGAAGCCUACAGCAGGUAACCGAUAAGAUGGUGGCCAGGGAAGCGACUGGGCACAGCUACCUGGUGGCUUUCUGGCAGCCCAUUUUGAUCCUGAUGCUGGGCACUGUGUUGUCUGGCUCCACCACAGGCUGCCCAUCCCGCUGUGAGUGCAAUGUACAAGAACGCUCUGUGUUGUGCUACCGCAAAAAGCUUAUGACAAUUCCUGAAGGCAUUCCUGCAGACACACGACUGUUGGACCUAAGCAAGAACCGCAUUAGAACCAUCAAUCCAGAUGAGUUUGCCAUCUUUCCCAAUCUUGAACACCUGGAGCUGAGCGAAAAUACAAUCUCCACUAUCGAGCCGGGGGCAUUCAACAACCUCUACGGCUUGCGGACAUUGGGGCUGCGCAGCAACAAGCUGAAACUGAUCCAACUAGGUGUGUUCACAGGACUGAAUAAUCUUACACAGCUGGACAUAAGUGAGAACAAGAUCGUCAUCCUGUUGGACUACAUGUUCCAGGAUUUGUACAGCCUCCGGUCUUUAGAGGUGGGAGAUAAUGACCUGGUUUUCAUUUCCCACCGAGCUUUUCAUGGUCUAAGUAGCCUUGAGCACCUGAGUCUUGAAAAAUGCAACUUGUCGUCUGUUCCCACAGAGGCUUUUACCCACCUCCGCAGUUUGAUUACUCUAAGGCUACGCCACCUGAACAUCAAUGCCAUCCGGGAUUAUUCCUUUAAAAGGCUCUAUCGGCUUAAAGUGUUGGAAAUAGCAAACUGGCCAUAUUUGGAUACGAUGACUCCAAAUUGCUUGCAUGGAUUAAAUCUCACUUCCCUUACUAUUGCGAAUGCUAACCUGACAACAAUCCCUUAUGUAUCCCUGCGGCACUUAGUCUAUUUGCGCUUUCUUAAUCUCUCAUAUAACCCAAUCCAUACAAUUGAAGGAAAUAAACUCCACGAUCUGCUGCGUCUUAGGGAAUUCCACCUUGUAGGAGGUAGACUGGCCAUGAUUGAGCCAUACUCUUUCCGAGGUCUGAAUUACCUCAAGAUUCUAAAUGUGUCUGGGAACUCUCUUACCACUUUAGAGGAGUCUGCAUUCCAUUCAGUUGGCAACCUGGAAACCCUUGCACUCUAUGAUAAUCCCCUGGCCUGCGACUGCCGACUAUUGUGGGUUUUCCGACGACGCUGGAGACUGAACUUCAACAAGCAACAGCCCACCUGUGCAUCCCCUGAAUUUGUCCAAGGGAAAGAAUUCAAAGAUUUCCCAGAUGUUCUCCAGCCGAACUAUUUCACAUGUCGCAAGUCUAGAAUUAGGGAUCGCAAACCCCAGCAGAGAUUUGUUGAUGAAGGAGCCAUUGUUCACUUCUCUUGUCAAGCAGAUGGAGAUCCUGCCCCAGUGAUAAUGUGGCUGUCACCGCAGAAAAAGUUCAUCACCACCAAGACAAUUGGAAGGCUUUCUGUUCUACCCGAUGGGACUCUCGAGGUGCGCUAUGCCCAAAUUCAAGACAAUGGUACAUACGUGUGUAUAGCUACCAAUGCAGGCGGAAAUGACACCUCUCUUGCUCAUCUGCACAUUCACAGCUACUCACCCGACUGGCCGCAUCAGCCCAACAAGACUUUUGCCUUCAUCUCCAACCAGCCAACAGAAACUGGUGCUAACGGCACACGGGCUAAUGUCCCUUUCCCCUUUGAUAUAAAGACAUUGAUCAUUGCAACCACUAUGGGGUUCAUCUCUUUCCUCGGUGUUGUCUUGUUUUGUUUGGUACUGCUCUUCCUUUGGAGCAGAGGUAAAGGCAACACAAAGCACAACAUCGAGAUAGAGUAUGUGCCACGGAAAUCAGACGCUGGAAUGAGCAGCAGCACUGUGGAUGCUCCUCGCAAGUUUAAUAUGAAAAUGAUUUAAUGGAACUGAAGUUUACUAACUUUGAACUUGGGGGAAAAUGACACACAAAAAAAUGGAAAGAAGACAUUUUAUUUUCCUUUACAACAAACAUGUUGAUACUGGUCUGUUAACAUAGAGUAAUUUGUUUUCUCCCGACUGCACCACUUGAGAGAAACAAAAUCACACUAAUGCUACAUGGCUUUGGUGGGUUUAGUAAAGGUUGAGAGUCAGAUUUGUCAUAAGAAACUCAUAUUCCUGGCAAUUUAUACUGGAGAAAUAUAUGCCAGAACAUAAAAGGAAAGGAAUAAAGAAGUGCAGAAAGCAAGAGGCAGAUCACAUUUUGGCCAUCACUGGUUUGUUGUCAUUUAAUUUUGUCUACCUUUUUAUUUAGUACUUUUUUGAGGGAAGUUGUCAACCUAUGAAUGAGAUUUAUAUGGGUUGGUGAGCACAUUCACACCACAAAUUUUGUAUUUGAUGCAUUUCAUGUGCACCAUUAUGAUCAUAUGUCAGUGUUACAGUGGUGUAUGCUAUGUGCUGCAUAUAGGUAAUUUUUUAAUCGCUGAAGUAAUUGUUCUGUAAAACAUUAGAUCUGUUAAGGAUAUGUCUGUCUCACAGUAUCUCUAAACACACCACAGUGAUUACCAGAAGUACAUAAUAUAAUGUAGACUUGGAGAGUGGAAAUCCAGAAAAACCUAUGGAGCUACUGCCUAACCAUACAUGUGACCAAGACAGUACAAUAAAUCAUAAAAUAGGUUAUAUUGGUGCAUUCAUAACUGAAUAUUCUCAGUAAUAAAAUUAGCCAAAAUGUGUCACAAUAAUUACAAUUUUGUAGGCCAAAACUAACCAUAUUUCGUGAUGACACCUUGCAGAAAGCUGAGGUGUUAGAUGUGGCAUUUAAUAUGGGUUUGUAGCAGUAGGAAUUCUCUGAGGUGAUGUGAACCCAGUGUCUGAUAUCAGUUUGAGCAUCACUCAUGCCCAAUGUUAGUCAUCAACCAGACACUGCACACGCAUGCAUCUGCCGGUAUCAUGCAGAUGGGAAAGAUGAAGCAUCUAUAUAAAGCCUCUGCUGUGGAUAGUUUGAAUCUCUUACCCCUUGAAUUUGCAUUUUAAAUAACAUCAUGUAAUAGCACUAUAAUGUGCUCAACAUGAUUAUAAGGAAUUCCGAAUGAAAAUUAUGAUUUUUGCCCCAGAUCAUUCUUCUGUUACAUUAAUAAUCAAAUAAUUAUAAAAAAAAAAAAAAAAUGAAAUUCAGUUGUACAUUUUCCGCAAUAAAA